AUGCAGACCGUUGAUCAUUCUCAGUUUCCAAAACUGAAAAAUGACUUGAUCAUUAGAGCAGCAUUGGGUCAAAAAGUGGAAAGACCACCAUGCUGGAUAAUGCGGCAAGCAGGCCGUUACCUGCCCGAAUAUCACGAAGUCAAGGACGGCAGAGACUUCUUUGAAACCUGCAGAGACCCUGAAAUCGCCAGUGAAAUCACGAUUCAGCCUGUUAGACGCUAUGCUGGUCUUUUAGACGCAGCUAUCAUUUUCAGUGAUAUUUUGGUCAUUCCUCAAGCUUUGGGCAUGAAGGUUGAAAUGGUCGAGGGCAAGGGCCCUCACUUUCCAGAACCACUGAGAACCGAAGAAGACAUGCACAAAGUCUUGGACUACCAUACAGAUGUGCUAAAAGAAUUGGCAUGGGCUUUCAAAGCCAUAACGGUGACUAGACACAAAUUGAACGGCCAGGUGCCGCUUUUAGGCUUCUGCGGUGGCCCAUGGACACUACUCGUGUACAUGACCGAAGGCGGAGGAUCCCGUUUGUUCAGAUUCGCCAAACAAUGGAUAAACGAGGCACCCGAGUUGAGUCACAAAUUGCUGCAAAAAACCACCGAUGUGGCUGUGGAGUUUUUGGCUCAACAAGUGGUUGCUGGUGCUCAAAUGCUACAAGUAUUUGAAAGCUGGGGUGGAGAGUUGAGCUCGCGUGAUUUCGAUGAGUUUUCGUUGCCUUACAUCAAACAAAUCAGCGCAAAACUUCCUUCUCGUCUGAAGGAGCUUGGAAUUGAAGACACCAUUCCACUCACCAUUUUUGCCAAAGGCUCCUGGUAUGCGCUUGACAAGCUCUGCGACCUGGGCUACAACGCUGUGUCCUUGGACUGGUCGUGGGAUCCCAGAGACGCAGUCAAGAUUAAUGCAGGUCGUGUAACUCUGCAGGGAAAUUUGGACCCUGGUGUGAUCUACGGUACUGACGAAAUCAUCAGCAAAAGAGUUGAAGAGAUGAUCGCCGGUUUUGGCGGCGGGAAAUCGAACUAUAUCGUCAAUUUCGGUCAUGGAACACAUCCAUUCAUGAAUCCAGACAAGAUCAAGUUUUUCCUACAGGAGUGCCACAGAGUAGGAAGUUUGUAA